AUGCCUCUUUUUCUACUCGGAGCCGUGUUUUCAACCUUUUCGGUGGUCGCCACCGCAAACUCCCGGUCGUCACCUCAUUUUCCAAGCGGCGUAUCUGGAGAUCCCUUGGAUGCAUCCAAUCACACGUUUGACUACAUCGUUGUGGGCGGUGGGCUUACUGGUCUCGCGCUCGCCGGUCGAUUGUCCGAGGAUGCGGGUACGACAGUAUUGGUGAUUGAGGCAGGAGGCGAUAACCGUAAAGACCCGAGAGUGUAUGAUGUGUAUAACUCGCAACAGUUUUACGGCUCUGAUCUCGAUUGGUCAUGGCCAGUGGACUAUGGAAAAACAGGGAAUGGAGGUAAAACUCUUGGUGGAAGCUCGUCUAUCAAUGGCGCGACGUGGACUCGUGGGGCUGCUGCGCAGUACGAUGCAUGGUCCGACCUCCUCACACCAGGCGAACGCAGUCUUGGAUGGAAUUGGAGUAAUCUUUAUUCGUACAUGAAGAAGGCCGAGCAUUAUCAUCCUCCAAGUGAGGAUAAUCGCCGACUGGGCGCCGAUGGAGUGACCAGCUGGCAUGGAACCCGAGGGCCUGUACACGUCGGAUUUCCAGAAAAGAUGGUUGAAGGAUCGCAACAUUCUGCAUUCAUCACGGCCAUUAAAAACAUUACUGGAAUCCCUCAUUGCCGCGAUCUGAAUGGUGGCUAUCCAAAUUGCGUCGCUUUCGUGCCCAGCUCGAUCAAUCCCGAGGACAACUUUCACCGUUCCUCAUCGGCCAUGUCUUACCUCACACCUGUCGAGAAUACUCGAAAGAACUGGCUAACGCUUGUAAAUUCGACUGUAUUCAAGUUAGUUUGGAAGCCCGACGACUCCAAGACGGUCAUUGGCGUGGAGUUCCUCCAUCUCAAUAACUCUUCGACCGUGUACAGAGCCAACGUACGAAAGGAAGUGAUCAUGGCGGCUGGAUCCAUCAACACACCCGCGAUUCUGCAACGCUCGGGUGUCGGAGAUCCUGCGCUUCUGUCUUCGCUCGGCAUCUCAACUGUGCUGAAUCUCCCAACCGUCGGCAAGAACCUGCAGGAGCAGACUCUCGUACCAAUAUUUUUCAAUAGAACGUAUGAGAUGCUAAGCAGGCCUUGGAGCAAUCUGCUUGCAUUUCCAAAUCUCGCGCAACUCUAUGGCAAGAACGCGACAGCUGUUGCAGCGGAAAUUCGCUCCAGUCUAGAUUCAUGGGCAGACUCGCAAAAGGAGAAUGCACUGUCCAAGGCAGCCCUGAAGAAGAUUUAUGAGUCUCAGGCAGACGUCAUUAUUAGAGACAAAGCGCCCGUGUUUGAGAUCAUCUUCAUUACUGCCGAUUACAUUGCGUUACAUGGAACCAUGUCCUGGGUUCUCCUUCCUUUCAGUCGUGGGUCUGUCAAGAUCAAAACGACGGAUCCCUUCGCCAAACCAAACGUGACGAAUAACUUCUUCAGUGUUGCCUUCGACACGGAGAUGCAAGCGAAGGGCGCUAAGCUCUUGCGCAAACUGUUCAACACACCGCCGCUCUCAAAUCUCACCUCGGCUGAGUACUACCCUGGCCUUGCCGCUGUCCCUGAUCCAGUUGGUGAUGGAGGGUCAGUCGAGGCGUGGGAUCCAUGGUUGAAGGCUGCCUUUUCUUCGAAUAGCCAUGCAUUGGGUACGUGCUCAAUGAUGCGAAAGGACCUUGGAGGCGUCGUAGACGGUCGUUUGAGAGUUUAUGGUGCGAAGAACUUGCGCGUUACCGACGCCAGUGUCAUGCCGACGCAGGUUUCCUCUCACAUGAUGAGUACCCUUUACGGGAUUGCGGAGAAACUGGCCGACAUGAUCAAGGCUGGGUUGUAG